GAAGGAGGGGGUGUUGAGUUGGGGGUGGUCGUCAUGGAUUCCUCACCAUAGCAACCAACAAACGUUUACAAAGCAUUGAGGAAUUUCCUCAUAUCAGCUGGAUUAUUGGAGCCCUCAGAGAACGGCUCUCGUUCGAAACAAACGCUGGAUAUCAUCAGGACCCUGGCAGGGGCUGGAGCCCCACUGCCAUUUUCAUCUUUUUCUCCCUCCGUUUUUUCUGCUUUUUUUUGACAAGAGUGGGGAAGUUGUUUUUUUAUCUGCUUACUCCCCCUUGCAGUUCCAUUCUUCUCUUGUCCCUGCCUUAACUCCCGCUCUUUCCCUUUCUGUCCUUUUUUUUUAAAGAGAGCCUUUGUGUCACUCCAUUUUUAGCUCCCCUUUGCUAUGCUGUGCACAUUGUCACCCAGUGGAAAGCUGAGUCGCAGUGGGUUUGGUCCUCAGGAAGCAUUUCAGUCCUGCUGCAUGCAGAGCUCCGAGGGAGGGUCAGACACAACGACCAGCGUGGCAGCGCUGCGGACGUCCUCAUCAGCUCAGGCCCCUGUGGUACAGCCUGUCCCAGCCUCUCAGCAGAGGGUGCUGGUUCAAGCCACAGGCUCAGCUCAGAAGGGAGGACAAGUACAGCAGCUUUCAGUACCCAGGGUUCAACAGGUCCCUCAGCAGGUGCAGCAGGUGCAACAUGUUUAUCCAUCCCAGGUCCAAUAUGUAGGAGAAAGUGGAGAGGCGGUUUACACCAAUGGAACUAUCCGAGCGGCUUACUCCUACAACCCUGAGGCUCAGUUGUAUGGGCAGAGCAGUGGAGGAACCUACUUUGACUCUCAGGCCGGUGGAGCUCAUGUCACCACGGUGGUCUCCUCUGCCAGCGGUGGGGUGCCCCCUCAUGGCAUGGUGGGCAUCGCGAUGGAUGUGGGCAGCAGCCACAUCAUCUCCAGCGGAAGCACCUACUUGAUCCAUGGAGGAAGUAUGGAGGGAAGCCGUAACCACAUAUCACACUCAUCACGCUCCUCCUCAGCUAUGCUUGAAAUGGCGAUUGAAAACCUCCAAAAGUCUGAAGGAAUUGCAAGUCACAAAAGCAGCCUGCUCAACAGCCAUCUGCAGUGGCUGCUAGACAACUAUGAGACAGCGGAGGGGGUGAGCCUGCCCCGGUGCUCCCUGUAUAACCAUUACUUGAGGCACUGUCAGGAACAGAAACUGGAUCCGGUCAAUGCAGCCUCGUUCGGCAAGCUCAUCCGCUCCGUCUUCAUGGGCCUGAGGACCCGCCGACUCGGCACCAGAGGCAACUCUAAGUAUCAUUACUAUGGCAUCCGGGUGAAGCCAGACUCACCGCUGAACCGGCUGCAGGAAGACACCCAGUAUAUGGCCAUGAGGCAGCAGCCUGUCCACCAGAAACAGAGAUUUAAACCUCUGCAGAAGGUGGACGGUAUGUCUGACAGCCUGUGUGGGAGCUCUCAGCACUGUAACAGCACUCCAGAGCAGUCCGUGGCUGCUCAGAGCCAACACCACCAGCAGUACAUAGAUACCACUCACACCUUGCCUCCAUUCCCCUCUCCUGACUUGGGCACCCAGCCUCUGCCUGAGCGCAUCAACAUGAAUGAUAUCAAGAAGCUGCAGACACUCUAUAGAGACCACUGCGAGGCUACUUUGGAUGUGGUGAUGAACCUCCAGUUCCACUACAUUGAGAAACUCUGGCAGACCUUUUGGUAUUCAACACCGCCAUCUAGUGACGGAAACACCACCAUCCCCAACAGUGAUGAUGAUCUGGAAGGUGUGAUCCCCAGAGAGAAGCUGGUGGCUCUGUGUAAAUACGAACCCAUCAGAUUAUGGAUGAGGAGCUGUGACCACAUCCUGUACCAGGCUCUGGUAGAGAUCCUCAUUCCUGAUGUGCUGCGUCCUGUUCCCAGCACUCUCACUCAGGCCAUCCGUAACUUUGCCAAGAGUCUGGAGGGUUGGCUGACUAACGCCAUGACCAACUUUCCUCAAGAGAUUAUCCGCACCAAGGUGGCGGUGGUCAGUGCCUUUGCCCAGACGCUGAGACGUUACACCAGUCUGAACCACUUGGCCCAGGCAGCUCGUGCCGUCCUCCAGAACACCUCCCAGAUCAACCAGAUGCUCUCUGACCUCAACCGAGUGGAUUUUGCCAACGUUCAGGAGCAAGCGUCGUGGGUGUGUCAGUGCGACGAGAGUGUGGUUCAACGUCUGGAGCAGGACUUUAAGGUCACCCUGCAACAGCAGAGCUCCCUGGACCAGUGGGCUACCUGGCUGGACAACGUGGUCUCUCAGGUCCUGAAGCCUCACCAGGGAAGCCCCAGCUUUCCCAAAGCUGCACGCCAGUUCCUGCUCAAAUGGUCCUUCUACAGCUCCAUGGUGAUCAGAGACCUGACCCUGCGUAGUGCAGCCAGUUUUGGCUCUUUCCAUCUGAUUCGCCUACUGUAUGAUGAGUACAUGUUUUACCUGGUGGAGCACCGUGUGGCUCAGGCCACUGGAGAAACUCCUAUUGCCGUCAUGGGGGAGUUCAGUGACCUGAGCUCUAUGAUGCCGUCACUCAUGGAAAAAGAUGCAUCCUUCUCCGACGAGAUGAGCGACCUGGGCAGUGAUGCUGACGCGUCCAGAGGACCUACUGAACCGGCUGUAAAGAGAGAGAGGAUUGAAAUGAGCCACCCUCUGCAGGAGAUGUGAGUCCGGUCCUAGCGAGGCUGGACUGAAAGCCACAAAGGACCAGCAUUUCUCCCUUAAAAAGGUGACCCUGGAGUGGCUUCCGGGGGCCCUUUGGGACGCAGCGGCUUAUGGGCCGAGCACACUGCGUCCUUCUGCAGUCAGUGUGUGCAAUGUACAUAGAGAAGAAAAGUAGCAGUGUCAGUUCUCCCCUCACUAGCGUUUAUAAGGACGGUAAUCUUUCUCCCAGGAAGCUCACAUCUGUUUGUUUUUUUUACUCACAGGGGCGUAACACAGGUCUGGUUUUCUUUGUUUUUGUUGCAACUGUGAAUGACUUUGUGCAGUAUCUUUUUAUUGGAUGUGUAACUUUGAGUGGUGGUAUGUGGUGUUUGUGAUUCCUCUUCUUCUCCUUUUUUUUUUUUUACUAGCUGUGCCAUAGUGUCAUUUGAGUGCCUUAGAUCGCUAACUUUGAAACCACCACUACAGAUGUCUAUCUGUCCCUCAGCUGUGCCUCUACCGCAGUAUGAAUGUAUCGUCUUCAAACCUCAGACAUUCAAAGCACCUUUAACAUUGAUUAGGUGUAGGUGUGUACACUCCUUGUUGCCUCUGCUGCAGCUCGCAGCAAAUACACACAAGAAAAAACAACAACAUGCAACCUACUGACCCAAAGGACCUUUCCCUCAGUCGUUCCCACCAGCUUAGCCAUAGUCAUGGCUCUGUAGGGCCUCAUAGUCUCGCAGUAGUCAGGAAAGCAGGAAACUCAGUACGUUACCUGUGUCAGAUGUUGGUUUGUUUACCUCAAUAGAUUUCUAUGCUGUGCUCAGUUCAGCUCAGAUGACAUGAGGCAAGUAUUAAAAAAAAUUUAGCCACUGUUGCGAUUUGUGUCUCCCACUCCUGUUUCUUUUCAUGUAAAUAGUUCUCCACGAAUGGUUUCAAUCCUGUGAUAGCUCCUCUAAGGAUGCGUUCAGUAAAUCCUAAUCCAGUGACUCGUGUGUGCAGACCAGUGGUAGUUCACUGAACUGCCGCAGAGUUGGGAAUAAAUCCAGAGUAAUCAACUUAAUGGAGCUGGGAUGUUAAAAUCUAAACUGGAAUCUGGUUUGCCUCAUUUCCCGAUUCAUAAAUAAAUUAAUACACGUUAGGAGCAGUUGGACCUGUAAAACCAAAACCUUUCCACAAAAAGAGGAUCUCAUUGCCGCCCGAGCCAGCACGCGCUCCCCGACUUCAGAUACUUUGACCUCAUGCUGUUACUCAGAUAAAAGUCUUAUUGUUCUGUUUGAAUUAGCUAGAAAAAUACAGUGCGUUAUUUGGGGAAUUUGUCCAUAAUAAAUUAUAUAUACAGUAUAUAUAUAUAAAUAUAUAUCUUUGUAUGAUGUAGAAAGUGUGUGCUGUGUGGCCUUCAGUCUUUGCCUAAUCUCUCUCCUCACACUGUACUUGGUUGGUCACAUUGUAUCAGAAGAAAAUGCUUUGAUGUGUAAUUGAUUAGACUGGCGUGUGAUAAAUUUGUUUCCAAUCUCAAUUGUUCAAUGUAUGAAACUCAACUAUUACUGCGGUGCUACUGCACUGCAAGAUAUUAAACUGUCACAAGAGAAAUUUCUAUUUAUGACAUAUUCUGAUUUGAUUGACAUCAGCUUUGUGUUUGAUUUAUUUUUCCCUCCUCCUCGUUCCCCCCACUCGGAUGAUUUUGUAGUAGCGAUGAGAAUCCUUGAGCUUGACUUAUUUAAGGCUUUUUGUAACUCGUGCCUGUCACAGUAAUUUGCCUUCAAGUGCUUUGGAAAAAAAAGUAAUUUGUGUGUACUUUGUAAUGUUUUGUAAGGCUGUUUUAGAUUUUUGGCGGAGGAUUAUUUUUUAUUGAACUAGAUUUGGUUCUUCUUAGAAGUAUACUGAACCCUUAUUUUUGUGCAUUUUUAAACCUGUUCUUGACUACACUUUAACUAGCCUAAGGACAGAUGAUUGUCUGUAAUAAACUGCAUAGUUCAGCUGUA